ACCGGGCGGACCGUGACAGCGGGGACAUGUCGUGACAGCGGGGACAUGUCGUGACAGCGGGGACAGGGCCACCCCGCACUGUGACCCGCGUGGGAAGUGACCCCGUGGCACCUGUGACACCAGGGGACCGACCCCGACCCCCCACUGUGACACUGAGGGACCACCGGGGAACAGAACCAUUGAACGGUGUGACACCGGGGGACAGAGACACUGCACCUGUGACACCGGGGACAGAGACACCGCACCUGUGACACUGGGGACAGAGACACCGCACCUGUGACACCGGGGACAGAGACACUGCACGGUGUGACACCGGGGAACAGAGACACCGCAUGUCGUGACACCGGGGGACAGAGACACUGCACCUGUGACACCGGGGACAGAGACACUGCCCGGUGUGACACCGGGGACAGAGACACUGCACGGUGUGACACCGGGGACAGAACCAUUGCACGGUGUGACACCGGGGGACAGAGACACCGCACCUGUGACACCGGGGACAGAGACACUGCACCUGUGACACCGGGGACAGAGACACCGCAUGUCGUGACACUGAGGGACCACAGCCACCCCACGGUGUGACACCAGGGGACCUCAGCCUCUCCAUGCCGUGACACCGGGGGACAAAGCCACCCCCUCAGUGACGCUGAGGGACCACAGCCACCCAGCACUGUGACGCUGAGUGACAGAGCAACCCCAGACUGUGACACCAAGUGGCAGAGCCACCCAGUGCUGUGACACCACGUGAGCCCUGAGCCCGGCCGGGCUGUGACAGCGGGUGACUGAAGCCACCCCGGAGCACAGAGUGUGACACUGGUGACAGCCACUGCACCCUGCACCACUGGGGGACCAGAGACUGGUCAGUGACAGUCACCCCGGGCUGUGACACCAGGUGACUGAAGCCACCCUGGAUGGUGACACUGGCUGAGCCCCAAGCCUGCUGUGACACUGGGUGACCGAGCCACCCUGGACCGUGACACCGGGUGACCAGCCAGCCUGGCACAUGCUGUGACCAACCCACCCUGUGCUGUGCCACCGGGUGACCAACUCACCCCACCCGGGGACACGGGGUGACCAACCCACCCCGGACUGUGACUCUGGGUGACCAACGCACCCUGGACUGUGACUGGGUGACCAACCCACCCCGGACUGUGACUCUGGGUGACUGACCCACCCCUCCUGGGGACACGGGGUGACCAACCAACCCCACCUGGGACGGGACUGAACCCGCCCCGUCCCCCACCCCGGGUGUCCUCCCAGCUGCCCCGUGCCCUCGCGCAGCCAUGGGCACGCCCGGGGGUGCCCCGUCCCCGCCGUCCCCGCCGUCCCCACUGUCCCUGCUGCUGGCCCUGGCCCUGCUGUGCCCGGGGGUCUCGGCGGGCGGGUCCUGCCCCGCUCACUGCAUCUGCGCCUCCAACCUGCUGAGCUGCUCGCAGGCCAACCUGAGCCUGGUGCCGUCGCCGCUGCCGCGCUUCGCCUCCGUGCUGGACCUGAGCCACAACAACGUGUCGCGGCUGCGCGGGGACUGGAGCCCGGCGCGGCUCCCGCACCUGCACACGCUGCUGCUGAGCCACAACAGGCUGGCCUUCGUGUCCACCGAGGCCUUCGCGGCCGUGCCCCGCCUGCGCCACCUCGACCUGUCCAACAACUGCCUGCGCGCGCUCGACGAGAACCUGUUCAGUGACCUGGGCGAGCUGGAGGUGCUGCUGCUCUACAACAACGAGAUCUCCAGCGUGGACCGCACGGCCUUCGAGAACCUGGGCCAGCUGCGCAAGCUCUACCUGGGCCGCAACCGCAUCGCCCGCUUCCCGCUGGAGCUGCUGCGCGAGGGCUCGCGGCUGCCGCGCCUGGCGCUGCUCGACCUGUCGGCCAACCGGCUGCGCGAAGUGCCCGCCGGGGAGCUGCAGGCGCUGCCCGCCUGGCUGCGCGACCGCCUCUACCUGCACGACAACCCGCUGGGCUGCAACUGCGCCCUGUUCCAGCUGCUCGCCCGCGGCCGCCGCCGCCGCCUCAGCGCCGUGCUGGACUUCCAGGAGGAGCUGACGUGCCACCUGCCCGGCUCCCCGCACGCCUCCGUGGCCAUCCUGGAGCUGGCGGGGCGGCAGCCCCUCAACUGCAGCGAGGCGCGCGAGGCCGUGCUGGAGGCUCACCUCGGCGACAGCGUCACCCUGGGCUGCGACAGCCGCUGGCAGGACGGCAGCCGCCACUGGGUGACGCCGGCGGGGGACAGGGUGAUGCCGGGGGACGGCGGCGGCAACGGCACGGCGGCCCUGCUGGCCAACGGCAGCCUGGAGCUGCGGGCGCUGCGGGCCGAGGACGCGGGCACCUACGCGUGCUGGGUGGCGGGGCCGCUGCUCAACGAGACCCUCUACGUGGAGCUGCUGGUGCACAACUUCACCCUGCACGGCCCCCACGACACCCUGAACACGGCCUACACCACGCUGGUGGGCUGCAUCCUGAGCGUGGUGCUGGUGCUCAUCUACCUGUACCUGACCCCCUGCCGCUGCUGCUGCUGCCGCGCCGCCGAGAAGGCACCGGCGCCGCGCGACGACAGCAUCAACUCCUCGGUGCUCAGCACCACCCCCAACCACGACGGGGGGCACGGCGAGCCCCGGCCUGCCCCGGGGGGCGGCCCCGGGCAGAACGGCAGGUUCAAGGGAGGGGGGGGGACCCCCCCGCCGGCCGCCCCCCGGGGCCCCAAGGGGCAGAGGAAAGUGUCUGACCCCGACUCGGUGAGUUCGGUGUUCUCCGACACCCCCAUCGUGGUGUGAGUGGCGCCGGGGACGGGCCCCGGGACGUCCCGUGAGCUGUCCCCGGGAAGGAGGGGUGGCCGGACCCCACUGCCGCGUCCCCGGCUUGGGGGUCACCCCGUUGCCCCCCAGGACUGAGUGUUGCCGCCGUCCCCCCUCUGCCGAGGUCACUGUCACUGCGGGACCACGAGGGACGAGCGCGUGAGGGGACACAGUGGGGAUGGUCCCCAGGCAGGAGGGGUGGCUGGAUCCGCACCACCGUGUUCCCAGCUUGGGGGUGACCCCACUGCCCCCCAGGACCUGCCGAGGGCACUGCGAGGGACGAGGCUGUGCGAGGACACUGGCAGGACACCAUGGGGACAGUCCCAGGAACACCCCAUGUCCCCACUGCUGCCGUGACAGUCCCCAGGCAGGAGGGGUGGCCGGACCCUCAGCACUGUUUCCCCAGCUUGAGGGGUCAUGGCAUCGCCCCCCAAGACCGAGAUCACCCCGGGAAACCCCCCGAGGUCACCGUGGGACCGUGAGGGACAAGGAUGUGAGGGGACACGGUGGGGACAGUCCCAGGCACCCCGUGUGUCCUCACUGCUGCUGGGACCUGUCCCUUGCAGAGGGGUGACCGGACCCCCAGCACUGUGUCCCCAGCUUGGGGGGUCACCCCAUCGCCCCCCAGGACUGAGCAUCGCCCCCCAGGACCGCCCCAGGUCACUGUGGGACCGCGAGGGACAAGGGUGUGGGGGGACACCAGAAGGACCCCCCAGGGACACCCCCUGUCCUCACCACUGCUGUGACAGUCCCCAGAACGGAGGUGUGGCCAGACCCCCCCACACUGUGUCCCCAGCUUGGGGGUCACCCCCUCGCCUCCCCAGGACCCCCCAGGGCAGUGUGGGGACCGCAGAGCAGGGGGGGCCCCACUGGUGACAGUGACAGCACCGUGACCCCCCAGAAGCAGCAGCCUCCCUGUGCAAGGGCAGUGCCCCCCCGCAGCCCCAG